CAAAAAUGGAACCCUAAGCUCAAACGGGUCUUCCGUCCGCCUCUGUUCACCUCCGUUCGCGUCCUUUCGCCUCCGUUCGUCUCCGUUCGUCUCUGUUCGUCUCCGUUUGCCUCCGUACGCCUCGUUCUAGAAUUACUAUUUGUGUGCUUCUUGCAAUAUGGAAAUUAUUAACAACAGUCCUGAAACAUCUGAUAAUGAGGAAGAGGAUAAUGUUAGUCAAGCUAGAGAAGUUCCACCUCAAAAUGCAGAAGAACAAGAAGUGGCUUCUAAACCAAAAAAGGCCAAGAAGCGUAAGGCUAAGAAGUCUAAUCAGGAUGAGCGUAAGCCUAAGGCCCUAACAUCUGAUUGUUGGACAUAUUUUGAUAAAGUUGGUUUUGUAGAUGGAGUAGAAAGUGCUAAAUGUAAGGGAUGUGGAAAAUUACUUAGUGCGGCAUCAACAGGUGGAACUACUCAUUUGAAUCGUCAUAAAGAUAGUUGUAUGAAGUCCAUUAAAUAUCAUGAUGUGGGUGAUAUGAUGAUUGGUGCUGAAGGAAAAUUAAGAAAGAAAAAGUUUGACCCUAAGGCUAACCGUGAACUUUUAGCUAAAUUGGUGAUUACACAUGGUGCACCAUUUAAUAUAGUUGAGUGGAAGGUCUUUAGAGAUUACCAAAAGUUUUUGAAUGAUGAUUGCAUUUUUGUUACUAGAAAUACCAUUUCCAAAGAUGUUUUGAAAGUUUAUGGUGAUGAGAAACAAAAGUUGAAAUCACAAUUAGCUCAAAUUCGUGGGAGAGUUUGUUUGACUUCUGAUUGUUGGACUGCAUGCACUAAUGAAGGUUUUAUUUCUUUAACCGCUCAUUAUGUUGAUUUGAACUGGAAAUUGCAAAAUAAGAUUCUUGCAUUUGCUCACAUGGAACCUCCACAUACUGGGCGAGAAUUAGCAUUGAAGGUCUUGGAAAUGUUAAGUGAUUGGGGCAUAGAAAAGAAAGUUUUCUCUAUCACUUUGGAUAAUGCAUCUGCAAAUGACAGUAUGCAAAACUUUCUGAAAGAACACUUGGGAAUUUCAAAUAGUUUGUUGCUUAAAGGAGAGUACUUUCAUAUAAGAUGCUCUGCACAUGUCUUGAACCUCAUUGUUCAAGAUGGAUUGAAGACAAUUAGUGAUGCAUUGCAUAAGAUUAGGCAAAGUAUAGCUUAUGUAAGGGUCACAGAAAGUAGAACACUAGCAUUUUUUGAAUGUGCUAAGAAUAUUGGUGAUAUUGACACAGCAAUUGGACUGAGAACAGAUUGUGUUACUAGAUGGAACUCCACCUAUACAAUGCUUCAUAGUGCGAUUAAUUAUCGCCGUGCCUUUUAUAGCUUAAGUUUGCGUGAUUCAAACUUUAAGUGUUGUCCUACAAGUGUUGAGUGGAGAAGGGCUGAAACAUUGUGUGAUCUUUUGAAGCCAUUUUUUAAUAUUACAAACUUGAUAUCCGUAUCUUCUUAUCCUACAUCAAAUUUGUACUUUGGAGAAAUAUGGAAGAUAGAGUGUCUUUUAAGGUCUUAUUUGAGAAGUGAAGAUCCAUUGAUUCAAACAAUGACCAAAAAAAUGAAGGAAAAGUUUGACAAGUAUUGGAGUGAGUAUAGUGUCAUUUUAGCAUUUGCGACUAUUCUUGAUCCUACCAAAAAGCUCAACUUUGUGAGAUAUGCAUAUUCUAAACUUGAUCCAGUCACUAGUGAGGAUAAGUCGAAAAAUGUCAAGAUUAUGUUGGAAAAGCUUUUUGCCGAAUAUGUCAACAAUGAGAUUCUUUCUUCUAAUCCAAGCUCUUCACAACAAAUGGUGCAACCUCCUUUAGGAAGAGGACCGCUACCUUCUGUAGAUGAAGAAUUUGAAGAAUUUGAAAACCAAGAAACCACUGUCAUUGGAAAAACAGAACUUGAUACUUAUUUAGAUGAGUUGAGGAUGCCUUCAUCGACUUGUUUUGAUAUUUUGACUUAUUGGAAGGAAAGAAGUCGUAAGAGUCCCACUCUUGCAAGGAUAGUUGUGAUAUCUUGAGCAUUCCUAUAACCACGGUGGCAUCAGAAUCUGCAUUUAGUAUUGGUGCUCGAGUUCUAACCAAGUAUAGAAGUUCAAUGAAAGAUGAAUCGGUUCAAGCUCUCAUGUGUGCACGCAGUUGGUUACAUGGGUUUGAAGAACUAGGUGAUGUCAAUAAUAAUGAUAAAGAUGAUGAAUCCCAUGAAAGUGUACAAGCGUCAAACAGUGUGGAAUAUGUGAACAUUGAUUGAGUCAUUGAGAAUAGAUGAACUGUUUUGGGGAAUUUGAAUUUUGUUUUGAAGAAUUUAAAUUUAGUUGAUUGAGUCACCGUGGAAUUUAUGAACUUACUUUAUAAUUUCUUAUUUGUAUUAGUAGCCAAGAGGCUUGGUUUUUUUGUUGGUGUAUCAGUGUAUGAUCAUAUGGCUAAGAAAUAUUGAAACAAAGAAAGCAUAAUGUAGUAGUAUAAUAGCAGAAUGUUGGCUAAGAUCAUAUGGCCAAUAAUUAUUCAA